AUGGCGCUCAAUCGCGGAACAUUAGAGACAAUCAAAGUCAACCGUGUCCAUGGAAAGAUCGCACUAGAAGAGGCCGUAGGCUCUUCCUACUUCGUUGCUCAUGGAACGUAUCCGCCAACUCCAAUGAUCUUAGGAAUGCAAGGCACUCUUCCUCCAUACAACCAAAGUUUUCUGCACGAUAUUGAUGAUCGACUCGAUGAUAUUCCCAAGCGAUUGAAGUCAAUGGGUGCCAGUGGUAUCGAGUAUGCUAUAGUUUCACUGACAUGCCCGGGCAUCGAGGGUGUCUUGAACGCAGACGAAGCGGUCAGGUUGGCAAAAUUAACCAACGACGACAUAUACGAGAAGUACGUCAAAGCCCAUCCGACACGAUUCGGGUUUUUUGCAUGUGUGCCUAUGCAGAAGCCAGAAGAAGCAGCAAAAGAGUUAGAUCGUGCAGUGACCGUGUUGGGCGCUAAGGGAGUUCUGAUCAACGGCUUCACCAACAUGGAUGAGAAGGAUUUGAGCAAAGUUCAAUACCUGGAUGAUCCGAGAUGCGAGCCAUUCUGGAAGAAAUCAAGUGAAUUGAACGUUCCAUUAUACCUACACCCUCGAAUUCCACCAUUUGGCCAACAACGGAUCUAUGAGAAAUACCCGAAUCUGUCUCAGGCAGCUUACGGCUUUGGUGUUGAGACUGCAGGGCAUACACUCCGCAUCAUGUGCUCCGGAGUGUUCGACAGAUAUCCCAAUGUUCAACUUAUUCUGGGACACUGUGCGGAGUCAUUGCCAUUUUUGGCCCACCGUAUAGACCACCGGAUGGCAAUCGGAGAAGCAGGCGGUAAUGGGCCGUACAAGAAAUCCAUAAUGCAUUAUCUUCAGAACAACAUCAUCGCAACCCUGGCCGGAGUACGGCGCGAAAGUACCAUGCGCAACACCAUUGACGAAAUGGGUGAAGCGCGUGUGCUCUUCAGUGUCGAUUAUCCAUAUGAAAGUAAUGAAGACGCUGCGGAUUGGUUUGAUGGAAUGCAGCUGAAUGAGAAUACACGCGCGGCAGUAGCUCGUGGAAACGCCAGCAAAACCUUUGGUUUGAUCUAA